AUGGCUACCAACACCCGUAGCAAUACCAGCAUUAACAACAGCAAGGAUAGUUCAGAAGCACCAGCUGCAUCAGAAUGUAUUCCAUGGCUCUUUGUGCUCAUCAUUGAAUGUCUGGCUGUAGUCAUCCUCAAUAUCAUCACCAUUAUUGUAUUUGUGAAGCAGCGCCAGCUACAGCGCCGGAGCACGUACUUGAUCAUCCACUUAGCGAUCGUCGAUCUGUUGGUCGGGGGAGUCUCUGGACCGGUAUAUAUCGCAGGGAAGAAGAUAUCAUGUGAUAAGUGGAGAUAUCAUUCAGUCAUCUCAGUGAUUUCAUUAUUUCAGUUUAUCUCAGUUAUUAAUCUUGCAGCUAUUUCACUUGAACGGCUGCACGCCACAUUUCGCCCAAUACAACACCGUCUUCUCAGCAACUGGCAUUACGUAGUGGUCAUCUUCAUGAUAUGGUUUAUCUCCGUGCUGAUAUCUUCCAUUCCAGUUGUACUACACGAACUGUUCUCAUGGAGUCUUGAGUUACUGAUAUACUAUUACUACAUUUAUUUUUCCAUUCAUAUCUUCUUCGUCCUUGUGAUUUGUGCUUCAUAUAUCUCCAUUUUAACCAAAGUCCGAUGUGGUCCACGCCCACGUCAUGAUGGAGGAUCUAACCGAGAGCAAAGGCUUACAACAACCUUGCUUAUGAUGACAUUGGCGUCGUUACUGACAUGGCUGCCGAGCUUAGUUUUCUUUUUUAUCAAAAGCACACCUUAUUUUAAAGAUUACAUAAAAAUAUCGGUACAUGCUAAGGCUCGACUUGGGUUUGUCCUGACUACCUUAACAAUAGCUAACUCUCUAGUUAAUCCAAUUUUGUACGCCACUCGAAUGGCGGAAUUCAGAACAGUUUUGAGUCAACUCUGCAGAGGAACAGAAAACCAGACAGAAAGUCAAGAUAUUCAGUUAAACAUCAGGAUGCCAUAA